GGGAAGGUCAAGUUAGUUCUUGGGCUAGGUGCCAAAUUGAGAGUCCUGGAGAAGAAAAUCCUCUGAUUCUCCAGAGAACAGCAGAAGAAAUGCCCAAAAAUCUGAAGAUAUGUUUUUUAUUGAUAUUAAUGAAUCAUGCAGGGACUGCAAGUGGUCAGAAGUCUGAUAAAGAUUUGCCUCCAUUAUUACAAAAAGCUGCGGAAGAAGUAAUAGCUGGAAAAUAUAUGAAUGCUUUCCUUGAUAUACUCCAUUUUCAGGGCACUAAUGUAUGGACAACAGAUAUGCCUAAAAAAAUCAUGGCAUAUUUCCAUGCUCAGAAUGUUAUAUUUACUAUUAGCAGCCUACAGACGUCUAUAAAAAACUACCUGGAGAACCUUUUAUACCAGCCCAGACAGCUGCUGUCAGAUUUUCAACAGCUUAAUCAUCAGCAGUUUCAAACUGCAGUGAAAUAUCUCUUCAGGAGCAAAAAGAACCGUUUUGAAUUGGGAAAUAUUGUUCUUGAUCUGGACAGGAUUAGGGAGAGAAUUUUCCAAAGUCCAGGAGGAAACAGGACCUUGUUCCUUGUUACAUUGGAGAAAUGCUUUCCAGCUUUGAGUUCUAUGGAAUGUGUGGAUAUACUAAGCCAAGUUCUGCGGGUGUCGUCAGUGAGCUAUCUCCAACCUGAUGUCAUUAGAAGCCUCCCUAAAGAUCUUCCACAAGACACUUUCAGAAACUUAUCAGCUGUCUUCAAGGACCUCUACGACAAGACAACGGCAAAUGCACAAAGAACUCUGUAUGACUGGAUGAAGCAGAUUCUACAAAAAUCCUAUAUCACCAAUGCGUUAAAUGAUUCAACCUCUUGGGUCAGUGCAGAAAAUCUAUGGAUUUUGGGAAGAUAUAUGGUCCAUCUUCCAUUAGAAGAAAUUAUGAAAAUUAGUCUGAAUGAAAUGAGACUAUUCAUAAGCUAUGACAAUGCAACAAAGCAGCUGGAUACAGUGUAUGAUAUCACACCAGAACUCGCGCAAGCUUUUCUAGAAAGAAUAAACUCAUCAGGAUUUGAUCUGAGAAACACUUCAACUAUCUACAGGUUAGGCUUGUUGGUUUGUUUUUAUGAUAAUAUGGAAGAAAUGGAUGCCAUUGUGGCACGGGUUUUACUUCAUCAAAUGAUGAAAUGCAAUCAACUGAGAGGCUUCCAGGCUGAUGUUUAUAAGCUCAAAGCUCAACUCCUAGACAUUGCAAUGCAAAACCAGACCUUGAAUGAUACCCUUGGGUCUCUGUCAGAUGCGGUGGUUGGAUUGACUUCAAGUCAGCUGGACUCUUUGUCACCUGAAGCCGUGCAUAAUGCUAUUUCAACAUUAAACCAAGUCUCUGGAUGGGCAAAAAGCCAAAUUAUGGUUUUAUCCAGCAAAUACCUCACUUCCGAAAAGGUUUUAUCAUUUUAUAACAUUAGUCAAAUGGGUGCUUUGGUGACUGGAAUUAGUACUCAAUCAUUCUAUAACAUGAACCCAAAGGAGCUCUCUCAAGUUAUUAGAGGCACCUUAUCCCAGUAUGCCUCUGAUUUAUCACCUGCACAGCAACAAGGUAUCCUCACUAAGAUGUUUGCAUCUAGAGCUCUUUCCUCAGCAGUCACAGAUAUACAAGGAGCUUUUUUUAAAGAAGUAUGUCUUUCUGAUUUACGGAAGGAAACUGGUUUUAACUCUUCAAUAGUAAAAGAAAAAGAAUUACGAAAGAGCCAGGCCUUGUUUCUCUAUGAAUUAUUGUCUAAGAAAACAACAGCUCCCGCUGACCUCUUAAGUAUAGGGCAGUUGGUGAAAGGAGUAACAUGCCAGCAGAUUGAGCGUAUGAGCACCGACUCUUUUCUAAAUAAUUUCAGGUUCUUUGAAAAGAAUCUCCAGUUGCUUUCUCCAUAUCAGGUUAACUGUUUGGCUUGGAAAUUUUGGAAAGCCUCCAACACAUCUAUCCCUCCCUUUCUCUUAUCAGUGCUUCCUGCUCAGUAUCUGGAAUCCAUUUCAGGCACUUCGUGUGUCCCUUUCCUGAUAAGUCUGGGGAAGACUGAACUGGAUCUUAUCAUUGUAAACUUGCACAAAAAGAAUACAGUCCUACAGAAGGUACAGGAGUGUCUGAACAGUUCCAUCAGUGAUGAAUAUGACGUGGACAUACUUGGAAACCUAAUCUGCCAUUUACCUCCAGCAAUUAUACGCGAUGGAAUAUCCCUGCGGGCCAUGGCAAUAGCCCUUCACCAAUUCAGAUUCUGCCGACAGCUCAGCCAUGAACAAAAGACUGAAAUUAAAUACAAACUUACUGAGUUAUAUGGCAUCCCAGAGAACUGGACGGCUCAAACAACACAGGAUAUUGGACCAUUCGUAGCUCUUUUGUCAAAAGAUGAAUUAACGGUCCUUGCUGAAAAGUUCCCAAAUACAAUUUUACAAAUAGCAAAGAUGGCUCGGCCAGCAUCUCUACCUGAAGAGUUUCUGUCCGCUAUAUUUGAAUCUAUUCGCAACUCCAGUACUAGCAUUAGAGCAUCUGACCCCACAACUGACUGCACAGGAAUCACAGCUCCCUCUUCAGAUGAGAUUAUUAAAUUAGCAGAAGCAAAUGCCUUUUGGUCAGUUCAGGAACUGCAGUGCCUGGAUACAGAUACUUUUACCAAAAACGUGGAAUUCCUUGGGACCGUGAUGAGUUUCAACAGAUCCCAGCUUAUUGUCUUGAAGGAGAAAGCUAAGCAGGUUUGGGGUGCAUUGCUGGGCUGGAAGAGUUACCAUAUUGUUUCCCUUGGACGCAUUGCCCUAGCUCUCAAUGAGAGUGAAAUAGAAGCAUUGGAUUUAAGUUCUAUUGACACCGUUGCUGCACUUAGUCAACAAACAGAAUGGACUCUUGUCCAGGCUAAAUCUAUCUUACAAGGGUUUCUUGAAGACUCUGGUCAGACAGUCCAUGGACUGAAAAGCUUUGAUUUAGCAGGAUUAGGAGCUAAUCUGUGUGCUCUGAACACCACAGACAUCAAGACCAUAAAGACUACAGAAUUCAGUGCUGUGAUUGCAAGAGUUGGCUUGUUGCCAUGUAGCACUCCUGUUCUGGAAGAGUUUAAGAAGGUGGCAGAAUCUGUAUUUGGAAUUGCUGCAGAGUGGAACAGCUCUAUUAUACAUGAGAUUGGUACCAUAGCAGCUGGUUUAAAUGAGAAAGAGUUUAAAGCUCUUGACAAAGAUGUGAUGCCAUAUUUCCAGCCAGCAGCCAUAAGACACAUACCUGAUGAAGUUUUCAAAGAGCUGUCUCCAGAACAAAUAGCAAACCUUGGCCUUGAAAAUGCAGCCAUGGUUACUGAAUCACAGAGAAACCAUCUGAAUGCAUUACAACUAGAGAGUCUUCAGCUGGCACUAGAUGGCGCCAGGACAAGUGUCCAAGAGACACAAACUAGUGCAAGCACUAUUGAGUCAACACCUACUCCAGCCUCAAAUUGUGCUCACGUUUCCAGUGGCUUCAGCAUUUGGUUGUGUGCUCUGUAUAUCCUUUGUCCCACUUACUGUAAGCAUGACCCUUUUACUUAAAUGUUCUUGGAUAGCACAUUUGUGAUUGGUAUUAAAUUAGGAUUGAUAUACUAGGCAUCACAGAAACUUGGUGGAA